AAUGAAACAAAGUUUUUACUUAAGAUUUUCGAUAUUCUUACAUUUUUAACUGCGUAAUAUUAUUCUAUUUAUUAAAUAUUAAUAUAGUCAUUUAUCGGGAAUUUUAAUAUUAUCACUGAAUCGUCGUCUUAGACAUUUGCCAACAUGAUGCACCCCGCUGAAAUCGAAUUCCUGGCCGAAAACGAGAUUAUUCAAAUUGUGCCGACAUUCAAUCAUGCCAGUCACGUACAUCUGAUAUGCGGUUCUUAUGGUCCGUUUCGUGCCGGUUUGCCGUUGAACGUUCCCAUCUGGGUGGCACUGAAUCUGCGGCAAAAAAAGACUUGUCGUAUCCUAGCUCCCGACUGGAUGACCGUCGAUAAGUUACAAGAAAGACUUGAAGAAGAGAAAGCAUCCAAAUUUUUCACACAGCUACCGACCAAUUAUUACUUGGAAAUCACACAAAUGUUGUUGACUGUUGCCAGUGAAGAUAUUCCACAAGGGAACGAUAUAAAAACGGCAGUUAAAGAUUUAUGGGAUUUAAGAAUAGCAAAAUUAAGAUCUUCUGUUGAUCUAUUUAUUAAAGAAGGUCGUGUUCAAGCUUCUUUAAACCAUUUAACGCCAAUGGAGAUUAAUUCUGUAAGGCCGGUAUUCCCUGAUACAUUGGAUGCUUUAAUGACACUCCAUGAACACAUUAACUCGAGUGAUGACAGAGAAGAUAGCAGUCAAUCUUCAGGAGCAACUCCUAAUUCAACAUCUUUUUCAUUAUCCUUGUAAAAUUAUUUAUUUAUUUUAUAAUAUUCAGAACUGCAUUCAGAUGGUUGUGUUUUUUUGCUAGGAUUAGAUUAAAUUUUGUGCUAACACCAAAAAUUGUAUAUGAUUGUUAUAUA